AUGCAGCGCAAUAUCUGGUGGGAGGCAGCAGCAACUACUCGUUGCCGUGCAUUACAACGCCUGGCCCUAUUAGCGAGCAAUUCGGUAGUGCUUGCUGAUAAUCGCUUUGCGGAGAAACGAUAUGGCAGCGGGCUUUGCUGCGUGGGAAUCAGCUGCAUCUGCCGACAGGAGCAGGUUCUGCAUUUGGCUGCGAGCUGGGGACCACCGACAUAUGAGGAACCGUGGAUUUAUGCAGUGCGCCUGCGCUUUAGUAUUGCCCGCACUGAGGCAAUGCCUUAUCUGGCGCCCCGUUCGUUUGCUGUUUUGAUCAGGAUUGUGCGAGAUGGAGUCACGUAUUACACGUGA